GCCCUGGCGCACGGGGGCGCGCCCGAGGCGCAGGCCGGGCCCAGCAGCCGCUGCAGAGCCCGCAGGAAGCCCCCUGAGCGCAGUCUGGCAGCAGCCACUGCCACCAUGGCCCAGAUCCUGCUGCUGGAGAUCCCGAACUUCGGCAGCACCAUCCUGGAGUUCCUCAACGAGCAGCGGCUGCAGGGCCUGUACUGCGAUGUGACGGUGAUGGUCAAGGGCCAUGGCUUCAAGGCCCACCGGGCCGUGCUGGCCGCCAGCAGCUCCUACUUCCGCGAGCGGUUCAGUAGCAGCUGGAGCGCUGUGGUGGAGCUGCCGGAGGCCGUGCAGCCCCAGUCCUUCCAGAAGAUCCUCACCUUCUGCUAUACGGGCCGGCUGAGCAUGAACAUGGGCGACCAGUUCCUGAUCAUGUAUACGGCCGGCUUCCUGAAGAUCCAGGAGAUCGUGGAGAAAGCCAAAAACUCCUUCCUCAAGGUGAGCUCCCCCAGCUGCCACUCCCAGGGCCUGCAUGCCGAGAAGGCCCCUUCGUCCGAGCCCCAGAACCUUGUGGUGCAGAAGUCAAGCUGGCCGGCCUGUGACAAACCGCGGGCCCUCGUGUGUCGUGUCAAGACAGAGCAGCAGGAGUCGGACUCUGUGCAGUGCACGCCCAUGGCCAAGCGGCUGUGGGGCAGCGGCCAGAAGGAAGCUGAGGGUGGCAGUGGUGGCAACGGCCGCAAGGUGAUCAAGUUGUCCAUGCCGGACCUGGCCGCCAGCAGGCAGUCCCAGCAGGCCCCUGUGGUGGUGGCUGCGGCACAGCCCACCCGGGUGGCUGCAGGGGCCUGGGCUGGGCAACCGACUCGGGGGGCAGCGGCAGUGGAAGUGGUGGCGGCAGCAGGGGGAGUGGUGAGUGGGCCCAGCACAUCAGAGUGGUCCAGCCCUGGCACCUCCAGCGCCNACACCAGCGACAGCCCCAGCUCCUACGACAGCAAGGCGGAUGAGGAGGAGGAGGCGAGCGACGAGGGCACAGAUGAGCACUACCCGCAGAUCUGCAACAUGCACACCAUGCGCAGCAUGGUGAAUGUCGACCAGACAGCCGGGAAGGUGGAGGCCUUCCAUGAGCAUGUGGCCCCUAAGUCCGUGAAUCGCAUAUGGGUGCAGCAAGACCAGGAGUCUCUUCUGGCUGAGCUCGUCAAACAGAUUGGCAACCGCUGCCACCCAAAGCUCUCUGAGGAGGGUGACCCCUUUGAGAAGCUGGAGCUGGUGACAGGCACCAACGUGUAUAUCACGAGGGCGCAGCUCAUGAACUGCCAUGUCAACGCAGGCACGGAGCACAGGAUCUUGCUGCGGCGCCUCCUGGGCACCUUCUUUGACCGGAUCACCCUGGCCAACAGCUGCGGCACUGGCAUCCGUCCUUCCAAUAACCUCAGCCGCAAACCAUUGGAUAGUGGCAUCCUCCAUGCCGUCAAGUGCUACUGCCAGAACUUUACUCCCAGCUUCAGGGAGAGGGAGAUGAACACCAUCGUGGCCGACAUGUGCACCAACGCCCGCCGCGUUAUGCGUAAGAGAUGGAUCUCCAAGGUCAAGCCACUCAUGGCCGAGGGUGACUCCUCCACCACCUCCUUCAGCUACACAGGUAAGACAGAGCCGGAUAUGAUGGGCGCCGAGCAUGGCUUCGAGACGGCCAGCCACGACGGCGAGGCUGGCCCCUCAGCCAAUGAGGCCCUCCAGUAACCCCCGCCAGACCCUCCUGUGGGGCCGUCACACUCCCCCUCCUGUCACACCCUCCCACCAUCUUGGUCAUGAGCUACUGUCUGCCCUUCCCCAGGACCCACGGGGGGCACUGCAUGCUCCUGGACCCUCUGCCUCUGCUGUCCUGCCCCCUGACCCCAAUCUGAUGGGGGAUCGGGCUGGGAGAGGAUGGCAGGUGGUGCGAGGUCUGUGUUGCCUACUCCAGCACACGCUCGUGCACAGUCGCGGAGCUCUUGCCCCCCCAACCCCUCGCAGUUGUCUCCCCACUCACCGGGCCGGGGAACAGAGAGGGGCCGGCCUGGGGGGCUUGGGAGGUCCCCUUUCUCAGGGCCUGGGC